UUUGUAUAGGAUCUAAACACCCCGCCCAGUCACCAUUCAGUCGCAUUGAGAUCAGAUACGCGCGCGGUCUACAGCGGACGAAACCAGUGUCAACAGGAAAAGAUGGCGCUAGUUACGCUUUGCUUUUUAGCGGUUUUAUGUAGUUUGCUCCAACAAGGUUUAGCAAUCACCUGUUACCAAUGCAACAGUCACAACGACUCCAGAUGUUUGAUGGACAAGCUGCCCGACUCCAUGAGGCUGCCCUGCGGCCCCAAAGACACCAUGUGCAGGAAGAUAUCCCAAGUUGUGGAGUUCGAGUCGAACGGGAUGCCCCCAGACAACCGCAUAAUCAGAGGCUGCGGCUGGGACGACAGCAGUUAUAAGGGACAAUGCUACCAGCGCUCAGGGUUUGGAGGUAGACAGGAGGUGUGCUCGUGUUUGGAAGACGGCUGUAAUUCCGCCAGCCUGCCAGCGAUUGGAACCGCUCUCAUGCUGAUCACCUUCGCGUUACUUAGGUUCUAGACCUCACUUAGCUGUUUCCAGGACGUAUCGAGCUAGGUACCAAAGAUAUCGUAGAAUUGUACAAAAAAUAUAGAAAAAAAACAUUAGUUCUAAUUGAAUUAGCCGAAUCUAGGCCAUGAGUUAUUGGAACCAGGUCCAAUUAGCAUGCACAUGACGAUGUUCGUGUUAGAAACAAUGUGUUAGUUCUCUGUGUUAAAUGUUAAAUACGAGCAGUCUAUUUAUAGCGGAGUCACACUGCCUUAAUUAAGUAGAGAACGUAGAGCUUUAUAUUAAUCUGACAGAUUUGUAUUACAAAACUAAUGUAACAUAUAAGAGUAAACGUGUAUUGUUGUGUUUGUUUAAUUUCGAUAUUUAUUAAAUGUUUUUUGAUGAAAA